CUGCCGCCUCUCCGCAAACAGCAGAGACGUCGCUCCCCUCUCUCCUCGCCUCUCCUCUGCUCAGCUCUCCUCCUCUCCAUCCACUGCGGAACAUCGGCCUGUUUUCCUCCCAUCCCUCCUCCAGCGGCAGACACCCAGCUCGCCAUGGAUAACUCCGGCAAAGAGAAGGAGGCCAUGCAGCUGAUGGCUGAAGCUGACAAGAAGGUCAAAGCGUCCGGAUCCUUCCUCGGAGGGAUGUUCGGGGGGAACCACAAGGUGGAGGAUGCCUGUGAAAUGUACGCCAGAGCAGCCAACAUGUUUAAGAUGGCAAAGAACUGGAGUGCUGCUGGGAACGCGUUUUGUCAGGCCGCUCGGCUCCACAUGCAGCUUCAGAACAAACUGGACUCCGCCACCAGCUUUGUAGAUGCCGGAAACGCCUACAAGAAGGCCGACCCACAGGAGGCUAUCAACUGUCUAAAUCAGGCCAUUGACAUCUACACUGACAUGGGUCGGUUUACCAUUGCAGCCAAACAUCACAUCACUAUAGCAGAGAUUUAUGAGUCAGAGCUGGUGGAUAUUGAGAAGGCCAUUGCUCACUAUGAGCAGGCAGCAGACUACUACAAGGGAGAAGAAUCUAACAGCUCAGCCAACAAAUGUCUUCUGAAGGUCGGACACUACAGCGCUCAGCUGGAACAGUACCAGAAAGCCAUUGAAAUCUACGAACAGGUUGCAAUGAGCACCAUGGACAAUCCCCUGCUGAAGUACAACGCAAAAGAGUAUUUCUUUAAGGCUUCGCUCUGUCACUUCAUAGUGGAUGAGCUCAAUGCCAAGUUGGCCAUUGAAAAGUACGAGGAGAUGUUUCCAGCCUUCUCAGACUCAAGAGAGCUAAAACUGUUAAAGAAACUCCUAGAAGCCCACGAGGAGCAGAACAGUGAGGCAUUCACAGAAGCCGUGAAGGAGUUUGAUUCUGUGUCUCGCCUGGACCAGUGGCUCACCACGAUGCUACUGCGCAUCAAGAAAACCAUCCAGGGGGAUGCUGGGGAUCUGAAAUAGACGCACUUAGGAGAGGGGAGAGAGGGAGAGGGCUAGCUAGGGAAAGGAGUCAGUAAAGAGAAAGAUGAGGUUGGAGGGGAUUCAAUGAUGGGAAGCGAGACGGGCAGUUAGGAUGAAUGUGUGAAGGUGGAAUAAAGGGUUUAGAAGUAAAGGCAGAAAGAUGAAAAGGGAGAGUGGGAGGUGAGGGAGUUUACAGGUGUACAUAUCAGUCUGCAUGUGAGCCCCCACUGAGCUACGCAUCACCUUUAAAUCACCUUUAGAUCACCGUGUCUCCUGGUCCCCCAGUAUUGCUCUCGUAACACUGAACAGAAUUGUGCUUAGAAAGAAAAUGCGUGUGUGUGUGUGUGUGUGUGUGUGUGUGUGUGUGUGUGUGUGUGUGUGUGUGUGUGUGUGUGUGUGAGAGAGAGAGAAAGCAAGAGUGUGUCCACUGCAGUGAGGUAAAUGAUGCUGUUUGAUGGGAGAGUUUGCAACUUAAAUGAGAUUUAAGGAUGUUAUUGAAAAAUAAUAUUGAGAAAUAUUUAUAAGAUUACGGAUGUUUAUUGUCAAUACUGAACAUAUUUAUUGUUUAUUAUGGUGCUCAGUGUUACGAUUUGUCUUAAUAUUUUAGAUAUUGGCCCCUCUACUCUCCUAUUCUCCUUUACUUCCUCCUCCUCCGUCUCACCGUCCUCUCCGCGUCCCCACACCCCGUCAACAGCAGUGAUAUCACCCAUUGUGAUUGGUUGGUUCUUUGUGUUCAGGCCAGUGGUGGUUUGGCACAGUUAGCCACCAGUGCUGACUCCAGCCACUGCCUUGUUAUGUGCAUGUCUACUGUCAUGUUGAUGUAAGUGUUCUCUGUGUCGUGCUGAUGUGUGAAGAACAUACAUGUAGCCUGGUAUCAUUUGUGCAAAAUCAGUAAAUAUGUACUUCAGACAGAGUUGAAAUAAAAACAUCAUCACUCCAAA